UCAUCACUGGAGGAAGUGGGAUGUAAACACGUGAAAAAGGAGCAAAGUCUGCACAAAGUGUCUCGAAACAAAGACCCUGAGAAACUCCGUAGAAAAACACGCAUUACAGCCUUCCACACAAACACUUCCAGAGCCGUAACAGAGCACGGACCCGCUCCACGAUGACUCAGGUGAGCCAUGAACAGUGGGGACAGGUAUCUGGCCUGGGCAGUGUGGACAUGUGGGUCCUCCAGUCCCCCCAGGUAAAGGUGGAGGUCCUCACCCUGGGAGCCAUCAUCAGGUCCGUCUGCUGCCCAGGGACAAGCGGUCAGAUGACGGACGUCGUCCUGGGCUACGAUGACCUGGAAGGUUAUGUGUCAGAUAAGCGGUACCUGGGUGCUGUGGUGGGCCGGGUGGCCAACAGGAUUGCACGAGGGCGCUUUGCAGUGGACGGGAAGGAGUAUCAACUAGAUACCAACAAUGGACCCAAUGCCAUCCAUGGAGGCCUGCGGGGUUUCAACAAGGCUCUCUGGGUCGCUGCAGAGGUGGAGGGGGGUGUGAGGCUGAGUCUCACCAGUCCAGAUGGAGACCAGGGCUAUCCUGGUGAAGUCCAGGUGUCUGUGUCCUACACCCUACAGGGGGAAACACUAACUGCUGAAUAUGAAGCCCGGUCCACCAAAACCACCCCCAUCAACAUCACCAACCACUCGUACUUCAACCUGGCUGGGCAGGGUGCAGCAGAUAUCUACGACCAUCACGUGUCCAUCGCUGCCCCGUCCUUCCUGCCGGUCGAUGACUCAGUGAUUCCCACAGGAGAGAUCAGAGCGGUGGAGAGCACGGCCUUCGACCUCAGAGAGCCGGCUCUGCUCGGCACUCGGCUGAAGGAGCUUCCUGGUCCGGGCUUUGACCACAACUUCUGCCUGUCGUCCCCCGGGGAUCCCUGGACGGAGAGACACGCUGCCAGGGUGCGUCACGCGGCCAGCGGGCGUGUUCUGGAGGUUUCCACCAGCCAACCGGGGCUCCAGUUCUACACGGCCAACGUCCUGGACGGCUCCAUCACAGGGAAGGCCGGGUCCAGGUACGGGAAGCACAGCGCUUUCUGUCUGGAGACGCAGAACUGGCCCGACGCCGUCAACCAGGUUUCAUUCCCUGAUUGUCUUGUGCGUCCUGGGGAGGUCUACCGCCACGUCACCCGCUUCACCUUCACCACCGCCUGAUACCACGUCACCACGGCAACGAGGAGAGGGCCGGGUUUACAGAGUCAACAUUUACCUGAGUAUCCGGGGUAUUCUGCUCCUCACCGCUGGAACAAACUUCCUGUAGACCUGAGCUCUGCUCCAACUGUCAGCUCCUUUAAAUGGUGUAAAGGAUCAUUUUAAGAUUAAGAUUCCGAGAAUAUUCUAAUUUUUUGAGAUAGGAUAUUUGAGUUUUCUUAAGCUGUAAACCAUGAUCAGCAAUAUUAAAAUAAUAAAAGGCUUGCAAUAUUUCAGUUGAUUUGUAAUGAAUCCAGAAUGUAUGAUAUUUUUGUUUUUGUAAUUGCAUUACAGAUAAUCACAAUAUUCAAAUUUUCUGAGACAGUCCUGUAUUUUCACAAGGAAAAAAGAUUAUUGAACUUGUCUGCAGCUUAUGAACUUUGUCAGACAUUUACUCUGGGCAAAGGUGUAAAGGAUCAUUUUAGCUGUUUGUCUGCUCCAACUGUCAGCUCCUUUAAAUCACGAUAAAAACAUUACUGUUUACUGAAGCGUACUCUUAAAUUAAAUACUUAUGAUUUUUUAAAAUUUGACCCGGUCUUUGUACGUUUUGACCGUAUAGAAAUGUAAUUCUUGCCAUUGUAAGAAAGAGAUGUACCUGCUGUAAACUCUACUGCCCUUACUUUUUAACAACUUGUACUUUUUAUUAUUUUACCUCUUUUCUUAUCAUUUUAUUUCAUUUUAUUUGUUAUUUACUGUUAAAUUGUGUCUUGCCGCUUUUAAUGUUGAUGUAAAGCACUUUGAAUGACCUUGUGUUGAAUUGUGAAUGCCUCCUGACAGCAGACGUUUCAGCGGGACCGGGGGGCGCUCGUCUCGGUAAAGACGGCUCAGGGACAACACAAGCCUCCGUAUAAACCCAGUCACAUGUACAGACCAACACACUCCCAACUGGGACGUCCUGACCAAUCAAACACGUUUCUGCUGCAUGCUGUGUUCUGAAUAAAAGAGACUGAUGCCUUCACUGUUGUUUCUUCA